AUGAAGGAGCCGUCAACCCAUCACCACUACAAGCGUGCCCAGAAUCGCGAUUGUACCACUACUAACAGCAACGGCGGCGGCAAAGAAGAAGAAGAAGAAGACCACCCUGAAAGCAGCGAGGAGCACAGCAGCCGCAGGAAAACAGCUGUUUCUGUAGUUCAGACCCUGUUCUCGUCCCCGUUUGGCACUAGUUCGGGCAUGUCGUCCGAUGAUAAAAAUCAACCAGAGCAGCAAGCAUCUGAAGCAUCGUCGAGAAAGAAAUUAGUGGUAGUAAGGCGGUUCGUUGGACCCGGCAUUGGUAGCGGCAGCGGCAGUGGUAGCACCGCUAUCAUCCCUAACGUCUACAACAACAAUAAUAAAGGAGAAAGCGACAUCACGGAGAUUCCAAACAUUGCAGAGAUGCGCAUGAAAGUGACCGGUGAUGAUGGAUCUCGCAACGGAUUGCCCUCGGCAGCGGCGGCAGCAGCAGCCACAAGGGAAACGCCGGCAGCGGCGAGCACGAAUCGUGCUGCUACUACCACGGCAGCGUCUAUUUUAGCCAUACCGAGCAACAGUACCCCGCCGGGACUGUCCGCAGCAUUAACGGCGUCACAACAGAGCGGUCUGAACGCUCCAAAAGCGGGAACCGAGACCGUAAGCAACGCUCUCGUUUCCGUUGCUCCGACAACAACAGCUACUAUCACGCACAGUCCGAGUGCUUCUGCUGCAGCGGUUACUCGAAUCGUUAUCAAAUGUCCCGUGCCAGAAGCAGCAGGAAGUCAGCCAAGUAUUGUGACGCCAACACUGAAUCACACCAACAAGAAGUCGGAUGAAAAGUCGGACCAGUCGUAUCAAUUCCCCACCUCCACCACCCCUCCGCGUUUUAGCGCAAAGUCGCCCAUAGUGUUGCUUAAUGCCAUUUCCAUCCCAACAGAAACUGUUGCCGGAGCUUCGGUAUAUAGUAAUUCUGCUGUCGUGUCCAGAAAAAGGUCAGUUUCAGCAUCAAGCGUAACACCUCCGACUACGAGCAAUGAAACAUCGGUGCAGAGCAAUGAUACUGUUGCUGAGGGCAGCGCGACAAAGCCUACUACUCGUACCGGUAAAGGAGACGAUCCAGGGAACGUGUCGCAACCCGUGGUACCCAGCACCGUCGAUGGUGACACCAAUAAUGGACAAACAAACGAAAAAGAGUCGAACUUGUCGAAAGUUUCCAGAGAGGUGAAGUUGCUAGAUAUGGGCUUGGGAUCAAAGUUUUUGGCCGGGUACCAUCUGAACGAAACCACACGCGAUGGUAAGAUACGUGCGCGUCGAAAUAGCUGUUCGCCAGCGAAUAUUGCCACGGGACAAGUAACAGCACGAGGAAAGCAGGAGAAAUCUAAACUGGCAUCAAGCGGAAGUGGAAGCGAGAAUGACCUAUACUCCGCUUCUCCCCUUCAGGAUUUUAGCGUUGAUGCUAUGAAUAGUUCCGUAGAUUCCGCAGUUAGUGCUUUAGUGGCAGAUGGGUCCCUUACAGGGGGCACUGCCAUUGCACCAGCGCGACGUUCUGGUAUGCGCUCGGAAAAUGCCGAUUUCGCAAUGAAGCAACAAAGGUUUCUCCAUCUACGGUUACAUGGUUCUGGUGCUGGUUUAGAUAGCGUCGAUGACGAAGAGUCCAGUUCUGUUGAGGCGACACCGGCGGCGGCGACUACUAGCGCUAAUACGAGCGCUAGAAGCAACAAACGUAACAGUGGUGGCGGAACUGCUGGUAGUAACGCUAACACUUCUAUUCUCUCACCGAACCAAAGCAGCACGCCACAAGUACUGCCAGCGGAACCAACGAAGCCUGGUUCGGAUCGGUUUUGUUGGAAGUGCCGAAAAAGCGAUCCGGGUAUGAUAACGUGUUCGACCUGCCCGCGUUCCUAUCACGCGACGUGUGCUCGGUUUAUGAUCCAUUCCCCCAACUGGCGCUGCGCGGAGUGUGUGAAAGUUGUAUCAGCGCGUGCUACGCCUAUCUCUGCAGAAAAGCUGCAUCAAUGUUUGGAACUGGCGAUCGAUCGCAUAAUUUCGCAUCCAGCUUGCGGAAGCGAGUUAUUCAAUCCGCUACAGAAGGGCAGCCUUCCUGGGUAUACCGAUUAUGUAUCUUAUCAUAUGGACCUGGCAGUUCUACGUGAUCGAAUAGUGGCGAAAGAGUACUCCACACUCGAGGGAUUUCUGUGCGAUUUGAGUUGGAUACUGCAUAACAUGCUGAUCUACGCACUGAGUGGAACCAACAACAACAAGCUGAUUAAAUUAGCGAGAGAAAUUUGUAAACAGGGAAGGCAACAAGUCGAGGACAUUGAGUACUGUUCGGAGUGUUACAUGAACAUGACCUUCCACAACAAUUGGUUCGAGCUGGCAUGCUCGAAGCCACAUCUCUUGGUGUGGGCUAAGAUGAAGGGCUAUCCUUACUGGCCAGCAAAGCUUUUCACUCACACCCGAAACAGCAACUUGCAGAUGCAGGUUCUAUUCUUUGGCAAGCAUGAUCGCGGUUCGCGUAUCACGUCCAAAGAUUGCUAUUUGUUUUCAGAGCAGUUCCCGAAACAGAAACCGACGAAAGAUAAAGAUUGGGAUUACAGUAUGAUUGAGGCAAAGGCUCAUAUCGAGCAGUUGAUCGAGAGGUUCGGAAGUUUCCACUACGCAGAACACCUGACAACACUGGACGCGAGUCGAAUCGUGGAACAAACUCGCGCAAUGAUACCCGGUGCAUUUGGAGCUACAAUGAAUGUUAACAUCCGCCAGGGCGUUAGUGCAACGACGAAAAAUGGCGAAAGCGAGGUAGUAGCAGCUGCUAGUGCUGUACAAAACCAUGACACCAGUACACCUGGUAAGAACAAAAUAACGAUGAAAAUAUCGAAAAACUCUGUGGUUUCAAUUUCGGCAUUAGCUGAGGAUGUCGAACCGGCACCACAGCGUACGCCGAUGAGCAACGAGAUCAAACUCCCCGAAACACCAAUGGAUCAACAUGAUAAGAGUACCGGUGGAAGCGAAUCCAAAUCCUCCACAUCAUCGACUCCUUUACAGCAACCGACAAAACGUACGUCGCAACGCAAAUCGCGAGUGAUCAUAGAGGCUACUGAAAAAGAAAACGAAGGCAACGCACAGGAACCCGGAAAGGCCCAUGUUUCAGCCACCAGUGCGUUUGCAAAACUGCGCAAACGACGGAUGAGCACUUUUAACCAUGAGCUCCCUCGGGUUCCGCAGCGUCAGGAGCAACAACAGCAGCAACUACAACAACAGCAGCAACAGCAACAGCAACAGCAGCAGCAGCAGCAGCAGCAGCAACACCAACAGCAACAGCAACAGCAACAACAACAGCAACAGCAACAGCAGCAGCUGCAGAAGCAGCAACAACAGCAGCAACAGAAGCAGCAGCAGCAGAAUGAUGGUAAAGUGGAAACGCUACGUAUUCGUCGCAACUCAGCAAGCUGGGAAACAGAGCCGAUUGUGAAGCGUAAUAAAUCGAUUGUGAAGACCCAGGAUUCGACGCCUUCUCCAUCUGGCUCCGGAUCUUUGUCGAUUAGCAAAGAAACAUGGAAAGCUAAAAAGGCUGUGGAAAAUGAAGUGUUGCAGAGUAAUGAAACUCUGCCGGAAAAUACAUCAAAUGUAACCCCCGUUAGCACCCAAGCUAAAGAUAGUGCGGACAAAAUACACACAAUUGGUGCGGAAUUAGUGUCCUCGGAGACGGGCCAAACGUCUACUGUGGCAGGAAAACCCUCGGCAUCGGACACAUCGAGUAGCACUGUUGGUGUCGGUGAACUACAACCAGAAAUUUCAACAAUCAGUGAACCAAUUGCUCCUAAGCAGGAACCAUCUUGCACACUGAACGCCUCAAAGUUUUAUUCAAACUCCUUACCUAAUGCAAAACAACCAACUACAGACAUGGCACCCCGAUUGAAGGUAAAAUCAGUAAAUAGCAUGCUUUCGUCGAUGGUCGUUGAAGGUGUACCGUCGACUGCAAAGACAUCUGACAUACAAAGCACACCGUCUACUCCACGGUCCAGUCGACAAUCAAGCCCAAACAAUAGGUCAGCCACUGCAAUGGCUACACAGCUCUUACAAAACAGUUCGCCUGGUACCACAAUUAACUCGCAAACAUCAUCUGCUGUCGGUAUGAGAACAGUCCCAUCUUUGGCAUCAGGUAAUGAUCCACAAAGGAAAAAUGUGCAGCCCCAAGUGCAGGAUGGUGUCCCACCGUCGAACUCUGCCUUAAACACAGUAAACGAACAUUCAAAAGUCGCGCAUGUAGUUGCGACGGUGGUAAAACAGGAACCUCCCGAAGCAAAUGAAGAUAGAAGCUCGGCAUUACCUGUUGUGUCCUCGCACCCCGAUAUACCUUCAAUAAACCCGACGGGUGUCGAACUGGAAUCAUCUAACAGUGCUACCUUGAAGCGACUCACUGAUCGCAUCAAUGCUCAGGGUACUUUAACGAUAACUGCAACCAAUGAACCCCUGCAAAUUCCCAGUUCACCAUAUUUGGAUAAGGCGCUAAAACCAUCCGCUAGACAACAGCAGCAUCAACAACACAAGCAGAAUCAGCAGAAUCUGCAGCAACAACAGCAACAACAGCAACAAGUGGUAUUGGUCGAGAUGUUACCGCAGCCGGCGAUAGUCAGCGCCGGAACCAUGGACAACAUCUUGCAGAAGCCCGUAGUCAACGUUCCACGUGCAAGAAAGACCUUUCCAUGUACACCGAAUAGGCAAGGAGGAAACAGUUCGGGUGGAGGUGAUGCUGAGUCGUCGCAUAAAGCUGUGCCACACAUGGUGAACAUCCCGAAUCCGCAAGCACCGUCAUCCAGUUUGGAUGUUCCCGUGGUUGCAGUUGCUAACGGAGGAGUUGCUACUGCUGCUGCUGUAAGUGCUGCACCUCUUCCACCACUGCCUCCUUUAUUUCUUGCCCCUAUUCGGCCAGCACCGCAAACUUCCCCGAUUUCAUCGUCGAGACAGGUUUCACUUGCCAAUACAUUAGCAGGAUUAUCGUUCUCGGGUACAUCGGAUGCUGGCUGUGGGGAUGGCAGCGAAGGCAUUCCGCCACAUACAGCGAGCUUAGAUCAAUCGCUCAAUAGUUUGCUAUCGUCUCUCGGUACGGAAGUGCAUGCUACGAGCACGAGUAGCACCAAUACCGAGAGUGGAUUGUCGGCCGUAAACCGUGCUAUCUCGAGGGCUGUCCUGACUUCUGAAGGGAGUAAAGACAGCAAUGGCGUUCCUAGUGGUAGUGUUGGUAAACAAAUCCGCACAAAUUUACCAUUGCCACCGCUGCAACCGAGACCAACAUCGACCCUAGGUUCGAACUCCACCGCUUCUAUUCCACGCAUUGCUUCGCCUUCCGUUGAGGACGAUAUUAUAGUUCAAAGCGCGGCAAAGAUGACGGAAUUCUUUGAGAACGUAUUGAGUUCAGUGUUGAAACACGCCGCUGGUCAGAAUACGAAUUGGGCAGAGGUGGUGCAGUUGAAACAUGAACUGGCCCGCACGAAGGAAAAACACCGCGUCGAGCUAGAACGUCUGCGCAACGAGCACGCCCGGGAGCUGAUGGAGUUGCGCACGAAGUGUGAACAGGACAUGGCGCAGGCAAUGAAAAACCAGCUUAUGCAGGCUAACUGUGAACGUGAGCUGGAGGUUAUGCAGACAAAGAGGAUGCGAUGGUGUAUUUGUCUCAAGGAAGCACCGUUCAACUGUUGCUCAAACGCGUCAUAUUGCAGUGUGGAAUGCCAUCAAAAGGACUGGGCAUCGCAUCAGAAUAAUCACCAGUCAUCCUCAAGUAAUUUUGGUGAGGGCACUGGUACUAUGAUGGCCAGCAACAACCCUUCCGCGUUGACUACCGUCGUCUCAGCUCCGGUUGCUCCUACCGACGUCGAUACAACGCCUCGUUCUAGCUUCUUGCGCAAAAGGCCUGCACCACAGAUCCUGUCCGUAGCGUGUACUACUAUGGCAUCACCCACUCCACCGAAGACAACUGCAACGGCGCGGCUUAUUCCGAGCGGUACGUUCGGUGGUUCCAUCACAUACCCGCGUACGCCACAGAUCGCGACCGUGCACGCAAACGUGCCGGACUUAAAUGGGCGAGUCGAGAAUACGGCUAGUGCCCUCAGUGUGUCUUCCACGCCAUCCGCAAAUGCUGAAUUCUCCAAUCAGGUUCCCAGGCGUGCGCCUUUGCAUCAGCAGCCUGUACAGCAGCAGCAGGAUGAUUCUGACGAUGUGAUAUUCUGUUCCUCAACUUUACCGAAUCCGGCACCGCUGCUGAUGCCGCCGUUGAGCGGCCAACGGAAUGUUAAUCAUAAUAACAGACAUAAGUAUAAGUGAUCAUCGCCAUUGUAGAGAGCAGUGAACAAGCAGGGCGCCAGGAUCGUAAUACCAACAGCCGGUAGCAGCGAUCCGAUUCUGAUCCCUGGUACAUCAUUCAUCACCACCGCAACCUCCACCAUCACCACCACCACCCCAUUUACGUUCUUAACCACCAAGCGUACGACUACGUUACCGCUACCGAGCGUAUGGAAUCAGCUCUUCCUACAAUCAACCGCUGUGGCGGCAUCACCACCGACCAUGACAAAAAAACAUUUACCAGCGACGGCAGCGGCCACCAUCACUGCUACUAUAACUGCACCCUCGCGGUAGUAAAACAAAUAAGAUCUAAUAGAUUCGUAAGAUUUUCUCAUCUACGACAGAGUUUACGCUAAUUUGUGUAGAACACCGUGGAUUGAAUUCACUUUGUAGAGGUGAAGGAAAACGUUAAACAUAUUUAUGUUUUUGAAUUUUGACUUUGAAUUCGAUCGGAAUUAGAAGACGUCCGGAAUUAGAUGAGAAAAGGUGGAUAUGCUUGUAUAAUUAACAUGAAAUAGGAAUAAGAACUCAGGACGAUGUGAAGGAACGGAGGAGUAUCAACAUCCAUUAAUGGAGUUUGUCCUUGCAUCGAUCGUGCGCAGCUCUUUGUACAAAUUGUAAGCAUUCAAAAAAGGAAUAAUGAAAUA